AUGUUGUCAUUUAUUUUUCGAAGACUUUUGAGUCGACUCUAUUUUCGUACUCCUAAUUUGAACCAAUCUUUCCGAAGUCCUAUUCCUAAGGCUUUUGUUUCAAGCUCACCGGCCUUUGUAUAUAGAUCUCAUGCUUGUGGUGAGCUGAGCACGCGACAUAUCAACUCUACCGUUACAGUAUGCGGGUGGCUUGAACAUUGUCGACUGUCAUCUCGUUUUCUUGUUCUUCGUGAUGAUCGUGGUUUAAUACAAAUAUAUUGUGAUAAAAAUUGUCUCCCAAUUCCGCAACUUACUUUUGAGUCUGUCCUGAGAGUGACAGGUAAAGUCCAAGCACGUCCGGAAAAGGAUGUAAAUAAGCUUAUGCCAACUGGCGAAAUUGAAAUAGUUGCCGAAAGCAUUGAAAUCCUCAGUCAUUCGUCUUUAAUUUCCUUUCUUCCGAAAGAUGCAGCGAAUGUCAACGAAACAGAAAGAUUAAAAUAUCGUUACCUUGAUCUUCGUUCGUCGAAUAUGCAAAGAAACAUGCGGUUUCGUUCAUCUAUCACUUUGCAAAUGCGAAGCUUCUUGUGUCAAAAUAAUGGUUUUAUUGAAAUCGAAACUCCAUAUUUGUUCAAAAUUACUCCAGGGGGUGCCCGUGAGUUUAUUGUACCUACCAAGUUUCCUGGAUUAUGGUACUGCUUACCUCAAAGCCCUCAACAAUUCAAACAACUUUUGAUGAUAAGUGGAUUUAGUAAAUAUAUGCAGAUCGCCAGAUGUUUUCGAGACGAGACUUCUAGAUCUGACAGACAGCCCGAAUUCACUCAGUUGGACAUAGAAAUGGCAUUUAUCACUCCAGAUGAUAUUUAUGAAACAAUUGAGAAUAUGUUGUUAUAUAUUUGGCCUACAGUUCAGAGCACUUCAGGUUGUCGGCCGAUUUCGGCACCUUUUUUGCGCAUGAAAUAUUGUGAUGCUAUGUCACGAUAUGGAAGUGACAAACCAGAUAUACGCUUUGGUUUCUUAUUUUCAUAUUCCGCUGUUGAUGGACACACCGGUUUUAAUAUACCAAGGAAAUACUCAUCAAGUUUAAGUGCUGAAGAUUGGGACUCCUUGGAGGAUUUGGUUUUUCGCCUAACGGGCCAAAGAAUAUCAAUCUUUUCAGUUCAAAAUAUCAAUUCAAAACACUUGGACUUACUAAAUUUAUUAAAGCCGGAGUGUGGUGAUUUAGUCGUCUUCAUUAAAGGAAAUACAGAAACUGAGUUAAAAGCAUUGGGAAUGGCACGAGUUGAAGUCGCUAAGCUUAUUGAUUCGAAAGGUUUGUCAAUAUAUGAACCUGGAUUCCAUUUCCUUUGGGUAAAUCAAUUUCCAUUGUUUGAAAAAAAUAACUUGGGUCAAUGGAUAUCAGUGCAUCACCCAUUCACUGCUGCGUCGCCAGAGACAACACAUUUCCUGUACACUGAUCCGAGCAAAGUCAUCGGUUUACAUUACGAUUUAGUUUGUAAUGGUCAAGAAGUUGGAGGUGGUUCAAUUCGCAUACAUAAUCCUGAGGUACAAAGGUAUAUUUUUACCGAGAUUCUCAAGGAAAAUUCUUGUGAAAUGGAAUACUUUUUAACUGCCCUAAAUUCUGGAGCUCCACCGCAUGGUGGGAUUGCGUUAGGUCUUGAUCGUUUAAUUGCAAUAUUUGUAAAUGCCAAAUCAAUCAGAGAUGUAAUUGCUUUCCCAAAAGCGGCUGAUGGGAAAGAUCUCUUAUGUGGGACACCAACUAUGAAUAAAAAUCUUGAAGCACAAAGAGGAUUGCGUAAAAAAGAAUGA